GCGCGUAUAUAUAGUGAAGAUUUUCCUCUCAUUUGUAUUCGUGGCGUUUAGUGUAUUGUACUUUAUUGUAUUGUUCUAUCUUUGGUGCGAAUAAAUAUUUGGAGUAAGAAAUAGACUCAUCACAAUCUACAUACACAUUAAGGACUAAUUAUGUUUGUUUAGGGAUAAAAAUUUCAGAAUUAAUAAAAUUGUAACAGCAGUUGAUUUAACAAUUUUCAUCAUUUUUCCAAUAAAACAGCUUCUGUUACAAUUUUAUCAAUUCUUAAAUGCUAAUGUUGAAUACGAAUCGAACACAAUAGAAAUCUUAUUGUCUUGAUCGCAUAUUUUCUCUUUAACAGUUGUCUUACUUCUGGAUUAGAAUAGUAUAGCAUAUAAUGCGGAAGUUUAUGCACUAAUUAAACGGCUACAACUGUUCUAUAAUUUUUGCGUGUACACGCGCUAUUCUAAACUUGCUUGAAACGAACUCGUUUUUUGUAUUAAGGUGUACGCAUUCCCAAAGAAUAUUCCAAGAUAGAACUAGAUGAUUGUGAGAGUGUUAUUGAACAAUUAGCUGCGUAUCCAUUAUCAAAUGGUGCUGUUGGCAUGAUGGGCUUGAGUUGGAGUGCAUUUAAUAGUUUAAUGAUGGCUACACUGAGACAUCCUCCAGCUUUAAAAGCCAUUUUUGCAGCACAUGGAUCGGAGGACUUGUAUUACAACGAUAUACAUUUUAUGGACGGUAUAUUCCAUCAGGAUCAAUACAUGUUAUAUAUUGAUCAGGAAAAUGCUUUACCAGGCUUUCCUAAUUAUUCGACAGAUGACAAUUUUAUCCAUCAACGUUUCAAUUUAUAUCCAUGGACAGAUUUAUAUUUGCAAUAUCAAGUUGAUAGUGAAUUUUGGCGAGAACAUUCCGUCAAAUAUCAUUAUGAAAAUUUAACUUUACCGAUAUAUUUAUUAGCCGGUUAUUAUGAUGCAUAUAAAGAUUUUGCGCUAAAUAUUUACAAUAAUGCUCGUCAAUUUUCUCCCAAAAUCAAAAUUGUUGUUGGACCGUUUACACAUUCAAUGCCAGAAGAUAAUCAGCCGGGACCAGGUUAUGACGGAAACUCUGAGAUUGUCGCCUGGUUUGACUAUUGGUUAAAAGGUCAAGACACAAAUAUUUUAAAUGAACCUGAUGUUACAUUGUUUAUACGUAAUACAUCCUUACCGCCAUCAGCACGGUCUGAAAAUAUCCCUGGCGAAUGGCGUUAUGAAACGUGGCCUGUCGAACAUUCACAUCUCAAACGUUUUUACUUAACCGAUGGGAACGGAUUGUCAUUUAGUGAGCAGAAUGAGAGUCGCGUUAAUGAAUUAGUUUACAAACCGUGGAUAGGUGUCGAAAGUGGUGCUUUAUGGGGAGAUCUGAGUGGCGAUCAAAGCCCGUAUGAUAAAGAUUGUCUAGUGUAUGACAGUGGCAUUUUGAAUGAGUCAGUUGAAAUUGUUGGUUUUGUUCGUGUGUCACUACAAGUAAGUACAACGGCAAAAUUAGCCCAUUGGAUCGUCCGAUUAGAAGACGUACAUCCAAAUAGUCAAGUUAGUCUGGUAACAGGAACGGGAUUAAAUGGUGCACAUCAUAAUGGACGAGAAAAACCAGAAUAUUUAAUUUCUGAUCGAAUCUACAAUCUCACCCUACAAUUACAUUUUACUACCUGGACCUUUUCACCAAAUCAUCGUAUUCGUAUUGCUGUAUCGAAUUCACGUUUUCACUCUUUGUGGCCCACACCAUAUCGAAUGACGACAAAGCUCUAUCUGAACUCAAGGACUUAUGUAGAUCUCCCAGUGACAAUUCACUCCAUGACAAACAAUGUUUCUCCAUCUUUCACCCAACGACAAGUUCAACCAUUCGAUGUUUCCCGAGAUGAGCAUAAUUAUUUGUAUUCUCAACCAAGAGUGUAUCAAGUAACACAAAGAGAAAAUAUUGAAACAACCGUCACUUUUUCCAGAGUAAAUUAUAAAAAUAUUCACAAUAAUUUCAUAACAUCAAGUUUAUCUUGGAAUUUUACAUCAUCGCAUUCGGAUCCGGCUAAUGUUACAUGGUUAACAGAAGCAAAACACAUCUAUGUAUUUGAUAUUAGUAAUAGACCGAUAUGUCAGAACAAUGAAAAUCAAUGUAUUCAUAUUUUAAAUAAUGGCUAUCCUGAUUUUGACUUAGCUCGACGACGGUAUUUUGAAUUAAAAACAAAUAUGAUUGUUAAGUCAGAUGUAGAUAAUUUCCAUGUUACUUUAGUUCGAACAUUAAGAGAAAAUGAUCUAUUCUUGAAACUAAAUUGGCGUGAAAGUUCAGAUUCAGUCACAUUUUCAAUUAUUACUGAUGACGCAUAUAACGAUCAAUUAUGUUCUCAUCGAAUUAGUAAACAAGAGUAUGAACAACAAUCAGCACACUUACUUGGAAAACUAAAACUAUCAUGGAAACAGUUUCUGUUAAUAUUACGAAUAUUUGUGAAUCCGGUUGAUGAUUCAAAUAGUAAGACAAAACGGGAAAUAUUUGAUCUUAUGGAUGAAAAACGUAAUGGUCAAAUUGAUGUUGAUAGAAUACGACAAUUAAUUUCUCUAAUUAAUCCAUGGAAAGUAAAUAUCAUAGGUGAUGUUGACGGGACAAGUGUUGAUUUUAAUAAAUUUGAUCGAAUGAUUGCAAAUGGGAAAGUAAUAACCGGUUUAAUUGCCCAAAAAUAA